CGUUGACACAUGUCGUCGCGCCGCGUCAUGUCGGUACUCGACGGGAGGUUAAGUUAGUACAUUCAUAGUACUGGUGAUUUUAAAGUUCCUGAGAUCGAACAAAGUACCGAAGGAACGGGGAAUACGAGGAAAAGGAGAACAUCGCCGUGUUGUAAAGAGAACGGCUAGAAGAAAGAAAAUAAAUCGAAAAUGGGAUUUCUCGUUGUUCUUAGACGAGGCCACGCCGUCUAAAUAACAAGCUAAUUUACGUCGAGUCACGUCAUCAACGUGAACGAGAAUGCAAACGAUGCUGCAGGCUCGUCGGGAACGCUCUCAGAAACGCAAGAAACUCCUGGCCCAAACGUUGGGAGUUUCAAGCGUAGACGAACUGCGGCAGAUUCUGGGAACAGACGUUGAGGACACGCAGAAGAAGAGAGGUAAACUUUCCAAUGACAAGUCCGAUAGCACGGUCAAAGAUUUGAAAGAUGAUGUUCCAACUGAUGAGAUUGUAUAUAAAGAUUCCUCGACGUUCUUGAAGGGAACGCAAUCAUCAAAUCCACACAAUGACUAUUGUCAGCAUUUUAUUGACACUGGCCAACGGCCGCAGAAUUUUAUCAGAGACGUAGGUCUGGCAGACAGAUUUGAAGAGUACCCAAAACUGCGUGAACUGAUCAAGCUGAAGGAUGAUCUAAUUGCAGAGACUGCGACUCCACCAAUGUAUCUAAAAACAGACCUGCUGUCCUAUAAUCUGAAAGAGCUCAAUUGUAAAUUUGAUGUCAUUCUUAUAGAGCCACCUCUGGAAGAGUAUCAGAGAACAUGCGGCGCAACGAAUGUACAACUUUGGAACUGGGACCAAAUAAUGGAAUUAGAUAUCGGUGAGGUGGCUGCCAAUCGAAGCUUCGUGUUUUUAUGGUGUGGUAGCAGUGAUGGAUUGGACAUGGGACGAUUUUGUUUACGUAAGUGGGGCUUCCGUCGUUGCGAGGAUAUCUGUUGGAUCCGCACGAAUAUCAAUAAUCCAGGUCACAGCAAAAAUCUGGAUAGUAAAGCUGUACUUCAAAGAACAAAGGAGCACUGUUUGAUGGGUAUCAAGGGAACGGUGCGACGUUCUACAGACGGAGACUUUAUCCAUGCCAAUGUCGAUAUUGACCUCAUCAUAUCCGAGGAGCCUGAUUAUGGAUCCAUCGAGAAACCUGUAGAGAUUUUUCACAUCAUCGAGCAUUUCUGCCUCGGCCGAAGAAGGUUGCAUCUAUUUGGUCGUGAUAGCACCAUUAGACCUGGCUGGCUUACUGUCGGUCCGGAACUAACAAACACUAAUUUCAAUGCGGAUCUCUAUCAGAGUUACUUCACCAAUGGUCAAAUCACUACCGGCUGCACCGAAAGGAUAGAAGCACUCAGACCAAAGUCACCGCCGCCGAAGGGAAAAGUAUCCGGCCGAGGAAGAGGAGGUUUUAAUCGUGGCAGAGGCAGAGGGAGAUAAAUAAGUCAGGAUCUUACAUUAUACGUCUUUCGAACAUUAUUAUAGAUGUAAGAAUAGGUAUAAAAAAAACCUAAAACUACAUAAAUACAUAAAUAAUUAUGAAGACACACACGAGAUGUAUUUUUCCUCCCUUA